AUGACAAGACGAUACCGCCUUGGCCCCCCCCGUCCCCUCUCUUCUGCGUUCUCCUCCUGCAAUUUGCUUGCUUUGGCUCUUCUGGCUUGCUUCUUCUUCUUCUUCUUCGCUUCUUCUCUUCUUCUUCUUCCUCUUCCUUCUCCGCCUGGGCUCUUUUUAAUCUUCACGCUGUCUCUGCUCUUCUUCUUCUUCUUCUUGUCUUCUUCUUCUGCUUCUCUGUUUCACUCCCUUCCGCGCUGUUUCUCCCUGCCUGCGACGUGUUUGCACGCUCAGAGCUUCACCCAAAGCUCGCCCAAAAAACCUCCAAUCCUGCAGGCCAACUUCGACCUCCGCCCGGCCUCACGCCUUCACGAUGGACUCCGAGCCAUCGCCAAAGCCGCACCGCCCAUCCUCGAAACUACACAAGCAGCCGCCCAGCUUCCUCCAGCAGUCCUCCUCCUCGUCCUCCUCCAGCCCGCUCUCCUCCCUCAGCAACCUCACCUCGCCAUGGCCCGCGAGAGAGACCACUCCCGCACACGCUCGAGUAACUUUGCCUCCUCGUCGGCCUCCGUGGACCAGCUGGCGGGCGGUGUCGUCAGUGGUGGUGGUGGUGGUCUUGGUGGUCCUCCUGGGCCCAGUCCGGUCAACGGCGUCGACUUUGGGCGCUUACAGUUGGUCCAGAACAACACGCACACGCCGAACAUCAACAACAACAUCAUCAACAACAACAACAACAACAACACACAGAUUAUGCAGAACGGGAGAGUCUCGAGUUCUACGGGCGAAGAGGAUGACAUUCCCUCGACAUCUCACAGCAACGCCAACAACAGCGGUAACGAGAUGACAGAAGAAACGAUGGUGCCCAGCCGGCCCCCCAUGCCGCACAGCUACAGAUCCAGUCCGGAGGUCUCGCCUAGCCUCAACAACUCCGCUGGGUUUGGACCCUCUCCCGCCACCACCCCCGGGGCGGGUAUUGCGACCUCGAUUCCGCUCAAUCGGCACUCAGACGAAGCGUCGAGCUCACCCGCCAAUCCCAACAAUGUGCACAGCAGUACCACUGGCAGCGGGAGCGGCGGCGGCGGCGGUGGUGGAGGAGGAGGGGGCAGCAGGCUCUCGCUGAGCAGGAAGAAGACCGGCUUCAGCAACUUCGUCAACAGCAUGCUGGGCUCGCCGAGGAAUAUCAAGAUCUCUGCGCCAGAGAACCCGGUGCAUGUCACUCACGUUGGCUUUGACAACCAGACUGGACAGUUCACUGGUCUACCAAAAGACUGGCAACGCAUGCUGCAGGAGUCCGGCAUCUCAAAGAAAGAACAAGAACAGCAUCCACAGACAAUGGUUGAUAUCAUGAAGUUCUAUGAAAAGAACGCUGCUGGCCGUGACGACGAAGGUGUCUGGCACAAGUUUGACAACGCUAGACUGGCAGACCACUAUCAUCACCACCAUGAGCAGGUCACUCCUCUUGCUACCAGUCCUGGUAUCACAUCUCCGAGGUUCCCGCAGAACCACGAAGGAAGCUUUGAGAAUCCCCGCGCACCGCCUCCCAUUCCUCGACAGACUCCCCUCGCCAGUCCACCGCCACCUGCUCCUCCAACUUCGUCGUCUGCUCCGUCAUCGUCUACGCCUAUCUCGGCCCCGUCCGCUCCAGCAUCCGGAUGGGUCCCCAAUCGAGCAGCUCCAAAGGCUCCUAGACCACCGCCACAGCCAUUGAUCACUCCUACCAGUGCUGGCGCCUCUUCUCUCCCCUUUGGUGUCCAGACCAUACCAGAGUCUGCUCCCUUGCAAUCGACCCCCACGCCGACAACUACUCCGCCAGCCACGGCUAGGAGUCGCUCGAAUUCCAAUGCCAACGGCGGGAUUAGUCCCGGUGGUUUGUCUCGAAAGCCUUCUACGGCAAUUACUUCACCCGCUGUUUACCAGCAGAUGCAGGAGCAGGCCAUUACCGCUGCUCAGCAAGCCAUUACCAACAAGCAGAUCGAGCGGUCCAGGAGCAUGAGACAGCAGCAGCAGGCUCAACAACAGCAACAACAACAACAACAACAACAACAAAUGAAUGAGCCGUCUCCUAUCGACUACACGGCUCCGGAUGGGAAUUACCCCCAAAUCCAAUCCCAGAACUACCCCCUACAACACGCCCAGGGUCCCCGAGUCGUUCCAGCCCCUGUCCCAGUUCCAGCACACGCCCCUGUGCCAGGGUCAGCCCAGAUCCAUCCGCAACAGCAGCAACAAAUGCCACUUCCUCCCGGGGCCUCCGCUCGUCCGCGUGUCCGCCCCCGCCAGCCCCCUACCCCCACGAUCGACAUUCGCGCCCGUCUCAACACCAUCUGCACCACUGGCGAUCCCACCCGCAAAUAUCGCAACCUCCACAAAAUCGGCCAAGGAGCGUCUGGUGGUGUUUACACUGCCUACGAGAUCGGCACAAACCACUGCGUAGCCAUCAAGCAGAUGAACCUUGAAUUGCAGCCCAAGAAGGAUCUUAUCAUCAAUGAGAUCUUGGUCAUGAAGGAGAGCAAACACAAGAACAUCGUCAAUUACAUGGACUCGUUCCUGCACGGCGGAGACCUCUGGGUCGUCAUGGAGUACAUGGAGGGAGGCAGCUUGACGGACGUGGUUACUUUUAACAUCAUGACUGAGGGACAGAUCGCUGCCGUUUGUCGGGAGGUCCUGCAUGGUCUCCAGCAUCUGCAUUCAAAGGGCGUCAUUCACCGAGACAUCAAAUCAGAUAACAUCCUUCUCUCCCUCGAAGGCAAUAUCAAACUAACCGACUUCGGCUUCUGUGCACAAAUAAACGAUGCCCACCACAAACGUAACACAAUGGUCGGAACGCCCUACUGGAUGGCUCCCGAAGUAGUCACUCGCAAAGACUACGGUAGGAAAGUGGACAUCUGGUCUCUGGGCAUCAUGGCCAUCGAGAUGAUCGAAGGUGAACCACCGUAUCUCACCGAGUCGCCACUCAGAGCACUCUACCUGAUCGCCACGAAUGGAACUCCUGCCAUCAAGGACGAGCAAAACCUCUCGCCUGUCUUUAGAGAGUUCUUGGGCAUGGCGCUGAAAGUGGAUGCAGAGAAACGGGCUUCAGCGCAUGAUUUACUCAAGAUGCCGCCGCAUAGUAUGAGACAACAUACUAUAUGCCAUCACUACUUUUCACGCUUGACUUUUAUUCUCCUUCUAUUUCCCCCUUUUUUACUUCACCUUUACAUUACUUUAUUCCGCUUUUACCUUCUCCUAUCUACCCAUUUUACUCCUGGCAUCUCUUACACCGUAUACUAUACUCCAUGCACUGUCUUCUCUCAACUCCACUCCGCGAUACCCACAGACUUCUUCUCCCGCUUUACGCCUUCACUUUACUCUCUGACCAACUUCUUCAUGACUUCUUUUGCUUGUUUUCUCCAGGUUAUUCGGUUCAGAUAG